UUUAUCGGAAAGUUAAACCAGUCGUGUUGCUUGACUACAUGAAUCGGGUUGUCUGGGAAAUGAGCCUUGACAAAGAAGACGCGAACCAAACUUUCCACCGGAUUAUCGAGAGUAUCAACGUAAUAAUUGCCACUUACUGUGACGAAGAUGCAGUGCAUGGUAAUUGGCAGGUCGAUCCGACUAUUGGAACUGUGGCCUUCGGAAGUAGCACGCAAGGAUGGGCAUUCAGUCUCAAACACUUCGCGCAACUCUAUUGUGCCAAAUUUAAAAAUGGCCGACGCCAUCAAGAGUAGCAAUCUUGAUGAUCUAAAAAAGUUGCUAGAGAAACUGGAGCUGAAGUUAGAUGAAAGCACGAUGGCAAAAAAGGGCGAAGAUCUUUUGCGGCAAUCAUGGCCUCAUGGCUGCCCAUAAAGGACACACUUCUGGAUAUGACCAUAGUUCAUAUACCCUCGCCUGUCUUGGCCCAGAAAUACCGCACGGAGAUCAUAUACAACGGUCCUGACAAAAACGACCCAUGUGCCGAGGCCAUCAAAAACUGUGACCCGACUGGUGAACUGAUGGUGUUCGUCAGCAGGAUGAUACCGACAGCCGACAAGCGCAGCUUCGUCGCAUUCGGCCGCGUCUUUUCGGGCACAGUAGUUGCAGGAGGGGCGACAAUGGUCAAAAUAAUGGGGCCUGAUUUCGACCGGGAAACUCAGGCUGAUGUUCCCAUGAAGUCAAUUGAAGGAUCGCUUCUGAUGAUGGGCAAUCAAAUGGUGCCAGCAAAUGAGAUAGAAUGUGGAACACUCUGUGGACUGACUGGAAGUGACCAGUUGCUAACUGGAAGUGGAACGAUCUCCACACACAAGGAUGCGUCCAAUUUCCAUCUGCACUUUUCCCCAGCACAGCCAUAGAGCCUCCUUCUCUUACAAUCGAUCAACAUAUGUACAUAUUAUAAUAGAGAAGCAACAAUGACUUGAAUUUCUGCUCA